UGGAGAUAGAAGGCGUGGAGAGGGGACCCACACAGAAGCGGGGGAACCAAUGAAAAAGGGAGAAGGAUAGGAUUUGAAGCACAGUGUUUGACGUCAAAGUGAAAACCAAGACUGGACUCUCUUUAAAUACGGCCAAUACACUACAGGUAACAGCAUUAACCUUCAAGAGCUCACCUCCGCAACCUUGUCAAUCCUUCCACUGCUUCCGUCCUUUGCUUUUCAUUCCCCACACUCUCCUUUUGCUCGGAAAAGAAAUUUUCCCACCUUUGGCCUUUUCCCAGGUGCCGUCUUCCUGUUCCUCUCCCUUCCCCACCCUCUCCUCUCCGUCAAUCUUUCCGUCCGUAUAGAGUAUUCAGUAUAACGUUGUCGACUUCAGCUCUUUCACUGGUAGCUCCACGAUUCUUCGACUUCAAGUAAAUGGGUCUUUCGUCAUUUUGUUUGAGCUAAAGCUUUCCCUUUCCUAUCUCUCUCCUUAUCUUCCGUGCCUCCUGCACCUCGAUGCUUGCUUAUUGCUUGCGGGAUUUCAAUCCAGACGACCACAACAGUUGCUCGGGUAGUCAUCAUGGACCAUGCCUACAGGUUAAACACCAAGGAAUCUCCCCGUUCUGGAGAUGUCAGAGUUGGUGACGUCUCUUCGUCUUCAGAUCAGUUGCAUCGUGGUCCGGUAGCCAAUACGCACGUACGGCAGGAAGUGCCUGAUGAUUCGGAAAGAACCGUGUCUGACGUGCCGGAUCAGUUCAUCAAGACCCAAAUUGCCAGUCAUCCUCUUUAUCCUAAUUUAUUAUCUGCUUACAUUGAAUGCCAAAAGGUCGGAGCUCCACCAGAACUGGCGUCCCUCCUGGAAGAAAUGAACCGUGAAAAUCACCCCAGCAGUGCUCAGCGUCAGAUAGGGGACGAUCCUCAACUUGACGAUUUCAUGGAAUCCUACUGCGAAGUUCUUGGUAGAUACAAAGACGAGUUGUCCAGGCCCUUCAACGAAGCGACCUUGUUUUUGAGCAAUAUCGAGUCCCAGCUCCGCAACCUUUGCAAGGGAACAUUGACAAAUUCAACGGGAUGUCGAUCCGAGGAGGCAGGUGUGACUUCAGAAGAGGAACUGGGUUGUGGUGAGGUUGAAGCUGUUGAAGGUGACGGAUCUUGUGGCAGUUGCCAAGCUGAUAAAGAGAUCAAAGAAAUGCUUCUUCGUAAGUACAGUGGCUAUCUUAGCAAUCUGCGGAAGGAGUUCUUAAAGAAAAGGAAAAGCGGCAAGCUUCCAAAAGAUGCAAGGAUGACGCUACUCAAUUGGUGGAACACCCAUUACAGAUGGCCUUAUCCCACGGAGGAGGAGAAAGUGAGGCUAUCGGAAAUGAGUGGACUGAGUCAAAAGCAGAUCAAUAACUGGUUUAUCAAUCAGAGGAAACGGCACUGGAAGCCAUCUGAUGAUAUGCGAAUUGCCGUGUUGGAGGGUGUAAGUGGGGCUGCCUUUGGACCCCCUUUCUGCUAUUCUGCUCCUCCGCCUCCGCCUCAUUGAUAUUCCUUUCUUCUCUCACAUCUUGCACACACGCGCACGUGUGUUCCAGGAGAUCAAUCUUUGGGACCUCCACACAAAUGUAUGAGCUACCUCUCAAAUAUUUGCUUGUUUAUAUAUAUACAUAGAUACGUGUGUGUGUGUGGGAGCAGCGUGUUUGUGUAUCAUAUAUGGGAUUCCUGGAAUUCCACCGGGAACGACCCGCCUAAUCAUCGACGCUGAAACAGUUCUAUACUUGCUAUACUCUCUGUACUUGAUUGUUCUCUGUGAUCGACGUGCUGCGAUCUCGUCAAUUAAGUUUAUAUGUGCCAGGAUUGAACGUCUGCGAUGGAUUUUGUUUGCAUUUAGAGCCUGUAUGAGAGCUGGAAAAUGGAAAGCAUGUUAAACGUCGCGCGUAGUAUAUUUGCUUUGGAUAGAGGAAGAUGAUAUUUGUAAGUGGGUGGAUCGGGGAGAAGAUUUUCUGCUCCGUGCAAGUGGAAAUAGCAACGAGGUUUCGUCUCAUCUCAAUUUGUGACCGGUCGGCUGCUGCUGCUUCGUUUAGCUGGUGCAGGAAUUUCGUUGGUGUCUACUGUACUUCGUCCCUACCCUUCUCUACUCGACCAAGCUGCACUGCACGUCUGCACCUAUUCACAUUCACAAUGGUCAUUAAUUAUCUUUUGGACUUGAUUUUCUAAUUAACCCAAGCUUUGAAGAAAUGGUAAAUCCGAAAGAUAAUCCUCCAACAAAAACUUUGUUAAGAGGCUUUGGGCCGGGCUCGAGUUUUUUAACACAGCUUCGAGAUCUCAUUCAUGGUCACGGUUCCACGCUUCUAAAUUCAAUAUGCCUUUUUAUUUAACUAUAUUAUUCUUGGUAUUAAAAUUCCAUUAAUUCAAUGUUUUUAUGUAUUUCAAAUGGUUGUUUUUCAGUUAAGGAUUCUCCGUAUUUGAGCACUAAA